AUGUUUAGCUACAAGUUCAGCAAUCUUCUAGGAGCGCCAUACAGCUGCAGCCAUGCACAUGUGUCCUUCGACAGACGGGGCUCCUGCUUGUUUGUCCCCAGCAGUAACCGCGUGUGCCGCUACACCCUAGACUCCACGCCAACCGGUUCAGGCCCCAUUCCCACACCGGGCGGGAGCGAAAGUAAGGGGCGAAACGCAUUUGACGUACAUGCGGCUUCAUCUUCGGGAUCUGACGAGGGUGGAGUUACAGCAGAGAGCAGCCGAGUCACAACUUACCCAUUUGAGGCUCGCGUUGACAUAUCACAUUUUUGUGUUCGUUCUGACGGCCUUCUAGCAAUUUCUAUUGAUAUUCAUGGGCAAGGCCUCGUCAUCAACCUUGCGAAAGGAACCAUUCUGAAUCGCAUUCGGUUCAGAAGCAACACCUCCGCUGCGAAACUGAAGUGGAAGGCAGAGAAAAAUCAACACUUUGUUGCAGCAGCAGCAUUCUCUCCCGACGAUGUCCUCUUUGCUAUUGCAUGCGGGCGGACCAUUCAGCUCUGGCACUCUCCGAGCGCGUGGACAAGAUACCAGCUUCAUUUGCUCCAUUCUUUUACACUGCACCAGCAACCUAUAACCUGUUUGUCUUGGAGUCCCGAUUCUCUCCACCUGGUGUCAGGCUCACAAGACUGCACUUCGCUGGCCGAGGCGGAAGAAGAAGCAGGAGAAGAUUCAGCAGCUGCAGGAGGAACAGUGGGGAGAAACCCAGGUAUCAAGAACGCUGCUCGCCCCAUUAACCCUGAUUUCUUUCAGCAGCGACGCGAGGCGCAGCGGCGAGGAGAGCAGCACUAUCCCGCCGUUGUGGGGUGUACGAAGAACUUGGCUGUGCCUGCGGAUGAGUUCAUUGAUUAUUCCAGAGGCGUAUGGAAGAUGGAACAGAAAGCAUACUGCAACCAGCAACCAGGCCAGCGGGUGUCGCAUGCAGCGACGAAUAUAUCUCCUUUUUACAAAUAUUCUGCUGAGACGAGCGGGGGACGUGGGGGCUCCAAGGCGCCUCCUCAGUAUUUAUUGGUGGGGUUUACAGGCGGGAUGUUUCAGCUGUACACUCUGCCAGACCUGGGUGCAAUCGUGAAGUUGUCGUUGGGGGUUUCUUCUCUAGACAGUGUUAGUUUGUCCUACGAUGGGGAAUGGGUUGCAGCAGCAGCAGCGGAAAACAACACACUGGUGGUGUGGGAGUGGCGCAGCGAGACCUAUGUGCUACGGCAGCAGAACCCACGACAUGGCUUGCGCUGUGUUGUCUUCUCUCCGGCAGCCGAUGCUUCUGGAGCGGGAACGUAUAGAGUAGGGGGCCGUGUGGGCACAGGAGGUGUUGCGCAGCAGCGGCUGGGGGGAGGGGCCUCAGGGCUUGGAGGGGGCACCCCGGGGGCACCCCAAACCCUGGGCCUCGGCACAAGCCGGGGGUUGGUGGGCACAGGCAGCAUAGACGGGCUUGUGAAGCUGUGGGACGCAGAGAGCGGAUUCUGCCUCGCUACAUUCGCUGCACAUGCAGCUGCUGUCUCUGCAUUGUGCUUUUCUCCUACUGGAAAUGCUGUCUUCUCCGCGUCGCUUGAUGGCACUGUUCGUGCGUUCGAUAUUCUCCGACUCAAACCUUUUCG